UUCGAGGUUUGAUGACGCCCAGCUUUAGGAUGUUUUCAAAUGAUGUUUUUGAGCCUUUUGGGCGGAAUUUGAAAGUCAAAAGGGAGUGUGGCAGUGUGUUGGAGAGGGGGAGGAGGUGGAGACUGUACGGUUAGACCCGGGCUGAGUCACGGCAGAGGUUAAAGUGGGCGGCUGUCCCGAUGCUUUUUCCCUCUCUCUCUGUGAGUUGUGUAAGAGUCCCGGGGGGGAGAGAGUGGGCUGGGAGGCAGGAACUGGCAAAACCUUGAAAGGCUUCUUUUCGUAUUCGUCAGCAAGAAGUGGCGUGUGUUUUACAGCAAGACAAAAGUUGUCAGAAGUUGUGAAAAGUUUUGAGGGGUGGGGGUGAUCCCUGGUGCCCACGGGACUGGAGGAGGGGGAGAAUGGUUGGGGUGAGGAGAGGGGACUGCUAAGCUCAUGGAAAAGGCAAGCAUUCCGCGUUCGGCUGCGCUGGACACGCCGGACGCUGUUCAGAACAGAAAGAGUUUCUCGGUCAGUCAUCUGCUCGACCUGGAGGAGGCAGCCGACGUGAACGGUGAGAUGGAGCCGGCCAGAGGAGCGAGAGAGGUCAGCAGGAGAACGAAGGAUCAGGCUGGUCUCGGCGACAGCGAAGGAGGGGAGGCGGCUCGGCAGAAUGUGGUGAGACGCAUUCUGAACACCGAUCUCCAGAAGGAGCGGAAGAAGCAGAGGAGGAACCGGACCACGUUUAACAGCUCACAGCUACAGGCGCUGGAGAGGGUGUUUGAGAGGACUCAUUAUCCUGACGCAUUUGUCCGGGAGGAGCUGGCCAGAAGAGUCAAUCUGAGUGAGGCGAGAGUGCAGGUUUGGUUCCAGAAUCGGAGAGCAAAGUUUCGAAGGAAUGAGCGAGCCUCCUUGGCCAGCAGAACAGUCUCCCUCCUCAAAUCCUACGGCACAGAAGCAGCCGUGGAGCAACCCGUGGCCCCUCGGCAAGUCUCCCUCAGCGCCGAGUUCCUUUCGUGGUCAGCAAACCCAUCCUACAGCCCGGUGUCAUCUUACAACUCGAACAUGUCGAGCACCAGCAGCCCCGGAGCGUCGAUGGCAACCAGCAUAGCCAACCUGCGGAUGAAGGCCAAGGAAUUCAGCCUCCAGUGCAGCCACGUAACUCCCAUCAACUGAUCCGGGCUGGCCUGGGGUGGAGCGGAGGGGCUCAGGACAUUGUGCUGCGGAUACAGUCGGCGUGCUCAGCGUGCGCCCUCAUCCGGGAUUACGCGCUUGGUACAUUCUGGGACAACCUGCCCGGGAUAAGCGGCCUGGGACGUGCUUACACCAGACAAUUGCUGUUUGGGGCUCAGCAGCCCUGGAUAAUGUCAGACUCUGGGGCAGUGAGUUGGAGAGUGGCCUGCUGACCCAAGCUCAUGUGGUGGAGAUGCACUCUGACCCACAGCAACGUGCUCGGGACAAUACGUCGGAGUACCCGGAGUCUCUUGCUACUCCUUCGCGGACUGGUACGUGUAGCACCAUCUCCUUGGACGCCCUGUGCUGGUCGUUGUGAGCAGCGUGUCAUGAAACAAUUGCAGAUGUCACUUUGAACACUUCCCAGUAUGGUUUAACUUGUUUCUUCGGGCUGCGUGUCGAUUGGCUGCCGAGCCCUUCCUUCCAUACCUUCUCAUUUCCCCAUUCCCCAGAGCGGAGUCCAAUCCAUUCCUCCUUCACUUUGCAUCCCAAUAAAUAAGGUGCACUCUUACCAACAUGGGGUGACAUUCACUGACAGUUCGAGCAGGGCUUCCCACUCUAACCUUGGUCCGUGGUUUUGAAAAGGUUGGGAACCUCUGGUCCAAAGGCAGCGAGUGGGAAUUGGUGUGACUUUCACCUGCAUGCCUUCUCACCAGGGUUGGGUUCCUCGGGCACCGGUUGUCACUGGGUGCUGGCACCUGUGGUUCCUCGGGCUUCUCGUGAGCCCAAGGAGAGCGCGAUGGUACAGCUGGUAGAGGUGAGCCCCAGGGACAAAAGGCAAUAUCGCCCACAGUGUCUGUGCCCAGCACAGCGCCACCAUAAGCUCUCUGCCCGCCUGUGAUCCCUCCAGUCCCUGCAGAGUCCCAAGUCUAACUAAAAGCCUCUGAAAUGUCACGUUGAUAUCUGCUUCCAUCACUACGCUGGGCAGCCCAUUCCAACCACCCUCUAUGUACUUACACCCCCACCACACACACACACACACAUACCCCCUUUAAACCUUCAAUGCAAGCUCUCCAGUACUUGACAUUUCUAUCCUGGGGGAAAGAUCCUCACCUCCUGCUGUUGUCUGGAGUGGGGCUUGCACAUUCUCCCUUUAAUUGCGUGAAUACUCCCAUGCCCCCAAAAUCCUGUGGAGUAAUUAGUUACUGUACGGUGCCCCCAGUGUGUGAGGGAGUAAUACAUUUUGGGGAGAAUCAAGAGCCACAUGGUGAGAGGCAAAUGUGUUUUAAAGUAUAACUGAGGGAAAUGGAUGCUUGACGGUUGGAAUGGAUUCGAUGGGCUGAAGAGCCUGAUUCCAGGCUGUAUAACUCUACUACAUUGAGAAUAGAGAGAGAAGAUAACAACAGACCCCUGUCAGAAACUUUCAUCCUCUCUGAUACUCAGGCCAAAUAUUUUAUAUCUGUCAUCUUUGGAUAGGGACUCAGUUGCCAGAGAAAACAUUAUAAAGUUUAUUAAAAUUUCUGAUAACUUUCUUUUUGAUCCGUCGCCAUGUGAAACCGGGGGAUUGGGGUGGGGGGCAGGGAGUGAAAUUAUUUCCCAGAACAGUCAAAUUCAAAUGCCUCACAACCACACAGACGUUACAACAAUUGAAAUCGAUCCCACAGGUGUUUUGUGACUGGGGGGUGUCAAAGUUCAUCACAAAAUUGAAUUACUUUGCACGAUAAUAAAAAAAACAUUGGGACGAAGUGUGCAGCAAGGAUGAUACUUGUACAAAGUGUUAUUUUGCAUUGAAUUUAUGCAUGUGAUGUUUAAUUGUUUCACCUAAAAACAAAUUAGUUGAAUAAAUAAUGUUUAAAUAUUAUCUUGAA